AUGAUUCUAAGCAAUAUCGGUCUGCGUAUGGGUGGUGCUUCGAGAGCAGUGUUCGCUGCCCAAGGCGUUUUCCUGUUAGGGAAUGCCUUCUACACCAUCCUCUAUCCCUCCUCCGCAGCAAAUCUUCCAAACUCUUCGCUCAGAGGAGCUCCCAACGGCGUGGUUCAGUGUAUUGGUCUAACUUCCUUUACUUUGGGAACAUACUAUCUGAUUUCGGCCUAUCAACGAAAUAGUGCCAUAAUGGCUGCUUCGGUGCCUUCUCGAUUUGUGGCUGCAUUUGUGAUGUACCAGGCUGGUGAGAAUUGGAUCCCAGUUUCGGCUUUUGAAAUCUCAAUGGGAAUAGUCGCUGGCGCAGCACUUCUAUGGGAUCGGUGCAUAUAG